UGAGCUCAUCCGGUUAGGAGGUUUGACCACUCAAGGACACCGUAGAAAUAUGUGAGCACAGCAGCCAGCGUCUCAUGACUGAGAGAGGAAUCACUGCUCAAGCGUGCUGCCAGUAUGGAGGGGGAGCCCAUCUCCACGCUGUUUACUCCUGCUCUAGUGGUGGAUGUGGACAAAGUGAAGAGAAAUGCCCAGAGGAUGAUUGAACGUUGUAAGAAGCUGGGAGUCCAGCUUCGCCCUCACAUGAAGACCCACAAAACCCUUGAGUGUGCUGACAUACUGACGGGUGGAUCACGGAGGUGCAUCGUGGUUUCCACGCUGGCAGAGGCCAGUUUCUAUGCCGACCACGGAUUUGAUGACAUCCUCUAUGCUUAUUGUCUUCCCUUUGAUAAGGUGGAGCGUUGUGCAGCCCUGUCAGAGCGGCUUGAUCUCUUCCAAGUUUUAUUGGAUCAUCCUGAUGCUCUGGAGCAGCUCAAAAAGAGACCACUGAGAGACGGUCGGCUGUGGCAUGUUUGGCUGAAACUCGACUGCAUGAACGGGAGAGCUGGUGUCCUGCACUCAGAACCCGAGGCGCUCAGAUUGGCACAGGCCAUUGCUGAGACGGCAGGCGUGGAGCUGACAGGAGUGUACGCUCACUGUGGGAACACCUAUAACUGCAGAGGAGUAGAGCAAAUACAUGCCGUUGCCCAGGAAACCACCAAUUUUACUCUGCAGUUCAUGGAAAAAUUGAAGGCUGUUGGCAUCACCUGUAAGUCCAGCAUCGGCUCCACUCCGUCCUGUAGUCACCCCAUCAAAGACAUGGCGCUGCUCAGCGAGGUGCAUCCGGGAAACUACGUCUUCUACGAUGUGCAGCAGUCUGUGAUUGGCUCAUGCAGUCUGGAGGAGGUGGCUGUGCGGGUUUUGACAAGAGUCAUUGGGCACUGUCCUCACAGGAACCAGCUCCUGAUUGACUGUGGAUGGUCUGGAUUAAGUUUGGACGGAGGUGGAAAACUUCCCACUGGAUAUGCUGUGAUCGAAGGACACCCAAACCUCAAGUUGUUGUCCAUGACCCAGGAGCACGGGAGAGUGGAGCCCAUCUCAGGACCGCUGGAUUACAGCAAAUACCCUCUGGGCUCUCUGCUCACACUGAUCCCAUACCAUUCGUGUGCAACAGCGAUGAUGCAUCCUGUGUAUCAUGUGCACUCUGAGGGAAGUCUGCUGGGGAAGUGGACGCCAACACGUGGGUGGUGAACUGCUGCUCAACUGAUCACAUCACCCUGUUAGGAUAGCCAGAUGAUCACUAAAAUAAAGACUGGAACAACUCA